AUGAACGAUAAGGAUUUUUAUUUUUUAAGAUCUGAAAAAGAUGGAGAAGAUUUAGUUGGAAAAAUAGCUACAGUCAGUAAACUUUCAAUACCCCUUGGAUGGACCAUCGGAAUACUACAAUAUAUAAAUCUGUAUAAUGCAAAGACGUAUAGUCAAAUGACAAAAAUAUGUUUCAGGAGUGCAUUGAAUACAUUUUUUGUAGGAGUUGCUUAUGCUGCUUCUACUUAUUAUGUGGCUAGAUAUCGUCAUGAAGAUGAUGAAUUUAAUCAUAUUAUUGGAGGGUUAGGUGCAAGUAUUGCUACUGGAAUUGUUUGUAAAUCAGGACAAGCAGGAGUCGCGGCUGCAGUAAUUUUUCCAGCACUGGGAUAUUUUCAUAAAAAAAAACUAACUACCAAUGACCAAGUUCGAAUAAAGCAUUACUUGAUGUCUACUAAAAACAGAUUUAAUUGUUCAUUUGCAAAAAAUAAAAAUUUAACAGGAAAUUGGACAAAUGUCCCUACUAGUUAA